AGGCAUGCAUACCAUUAUGAGGUGGUAGCUGGCCAACAUGUCCUCAUGGCAAGGAAGGAUCUACACGAAGGGAAGAAUGGGAAGGCUACCUGCUUCUGUGCUGUUUACAUGGGAGUCGAUGAAGUGGAAACAAGGAUCCUGGCGCUUCACAACGCCAAACUUGAAUGAAUUCCUUAUGAUGUACUUGAUGUUAUACAGAAGUGCAUGGAGCUGCACAGGGCUGCAGAGAACUCAGCUCUAAUUAGAAGUGCCUAUAAGAACAUCGUCAAGGGCAGUAGGACAUAUCAAGUCCUCAACAAUUUGAUCAACCUGGGAGAAGAAGCUGUUGAAGAAUUUCUGUCGGUGGCGAGAGAAAUUGAGAAGGAGGAGCCAGGACGAGUGGCAAAAAUAGCUAUAUUGUCUGCGGAAGCUUGGGAAUCCUCACAUCAAAAGAAGCGACUUCUUGGUGAGGAAAACCUCAAACAUGUGAAAAGUGGGAGCGACUUCAAACACCUAGAAAAGAAACUGGAAGAAGUCAUCCAAAAGAAGCAGCUCCUGCAAUAUUUCAUCAGCGUCCGCUGGAUUCGAGUAGAGGACCUGCCUGCCCAGUUGAAAUUAUUGUCGCUGGUCGACUUGGAGUUUGGGUUGGAUCCAAGGAGUAGCAGCCAGGACAUUGAUCAGGAGCAGGACUCCGUGCUCCUCACAGUGAGAAGGCUCCUAAAGAGGGAUUCUACUUGUAUAAUUCUUCAGGAGAUGGGCGGGACUCAGGAGACUCUUGAAACCAGGAACGUGGCCUUUUUGAGAAAUCAGGAGAGGACGCACAUCCGUGGCUCCUGGUUCUGGAUGGAUGCACAUAAUCCUGCUGUCAUCAUUUCAUUAGAAAAGCUUCUUGCUGGAGAACCUGGGUCUGACAGCGCUCUCUUCACGUUCAAUACCAAAAGUGUUGCGCCCAGAUCAGAAAAAUCAGAGGGCACAUUGCAGAGUGGAGAUUUUGACGAUGAUGAUGACGCCUUCAUUGCUCCAGUGGUAACUGAGAUUGACAAAUGGAUCAACCUCUAG